ACUUCUAUUAUCAUCCACUCUUUCUAAAUUAGAGAACUAAGUAUAUCCUUCCUUCUAAUCUCUUUGUCUGCCAUGCAGUGCUUACCUGAGCUGAUUAAUUCUAAUAAUAAUAGCAGCACAAGCAGCAACAUUCCUAAUAUCUUCUCAGAUAGUGCUAUUAAUAAUAGCUCAGAGAGUGCAUUAGAGCUAGACAGCAGCAGUGACAACUCUAAUAAUUCUAAUAAUGAUUUAAUCCUAGAUAAGGAGGAAGAAUAGGAGCUUUCUAUAUUACACUACCUUCAAGAGGCUGAAUCUCUCAACAUGUUGCAGCUC